AUGACCAACCUCUCAGACUACCGCCUCCUCUGCUUCGACGUCUACGGCACUCUAAUAGACUGGGAAAGCGGCAUCAUCGCCGCAUUAGAACCGAUCCUCUCAAAAAGCACCACCCAAUUCACCCGUGAACACCUCCUAACAACCUACCAUGACCUCGAAAGCACCCAACAAACCGCAACCCCGGACCUUCCAUACUCGGACCUGCUAUCAGCAAUCCACCCCACCCUCGCGGCGCGUCUAGGCCUCAACCCGCCGACCGAGGAGGAAAGCCGCGAAUUUGGCAACUCCGUUGGAACCUGGCCAGCCUUCCCAGACACCGUGGACGCCCUGCGUCGACUAUCAAAGCACUACAAGCUAGUCGUGCUGUCGAACGUGGACCGGGCUUCAUUCGCCAAGUCCAAUGCUGGCAGCUUGCAGGGCGUGCCUUUUGAUAUGAUUCUUACCGCGCAGGAUAUUGGCAGUUACAAGCCUGAUCCACGGAACUUUGAGUAUAUGUUGAAUGCUGUGCAGCACGAGUUUGGGGUUGGGCCUGGGCAGGUUCUGCAGACGGCGCAGAGUCAGUUUCAUGAUCAUCAACCUGCGAGGAAGGUUGGCAUUAAGUCGGUUUGGAUUGAGAGGCCUGGGGCUUUGAUGGGGAAUCGGGGGGAUCCGGUCUUUGAUUGGCGGUUUGAGACUUUGGGGCAGAUGGCAGAUGCUGUUGAAGCAGAGUAG